CCAUUGUUUGGAACACAGGAUUAGAGCCGGACUAGAAAAGCUGACGGACGGGAUCAUGGCGCUGCUCUUGAACAGGUUUCCAGUUUUCUUUAGAAAAGUCUGCGAGCUGAUCAGGCUGACGCCUCGACGGAACCGAGUGAAAGAGAAAUGGGCCGCCACCCAGCCUAAGCACCCCCCCACCCGCCUGGCCCUGCAGCACUUUGACUCCUCCUACGGCGCUCAGCUAGGACCACUGUGGCCGUCGGUUCGAGUUGCCCUGCUGUCAGAGAGGAAGUACGGAGCGCUGCUCAAUAGUUUCUCCCACGAUCUGGUGCUGGAAGACCUCCAGGCUCAGGGAUGCAGAGACUUCAUCAGCCACCAGGACCGCCUGGUAUUCGGGGCUGAAGAAGGGUCGUGUGAGGUUUCUAUGACAUCACUGGAGUUUCUUAGUCAGCAGCAGUACCCUCCACAGCUUAGUCCACACCUAAAGUGCUUCGUGUUUCCAAGAGGGGAUGUCACACGGUUCAAGCCUGCAAGGCCGGACAGGUAUGGCCUGUUGGGGUACUACCUGAUGGACGCUGCAUCCAUACUGCCUUGUCUCGCGCUGGAUGUCCAGAAGGGUCACACAGUCCUGGAUCUCUGCGCUGCUCCUGGUGGGAAGACCCUUGCUCUGCUCCAGACUCAGCUGAUCAGGUAUUUAUGCAUAAAUGACUCCUCAAUGUCUCGAACAUCGCGGCUGAGAAAGGUCCUCCACAGCUACGUUCCUAAACAGUUUCUGACUGAUGAGAAUCUUCGAAUCACCUCAUUUGACGGCACCAUGUGGGGGGAGAUGGAGAGAGAGACCUUUGACAGAGUCCUGGUCGAUGUUCCCUGCACCACAGACAGACACUCGCUCACGGAGGACGACAACAACAUCUUCAGUAAGAGCAGGACGGGGGAGAGGAGGAGGCUCCCGCAGCUCCAACUGGAGCUGCUGCUAGCGGGGAUCGCAGCAGCCCGUCCUGGAGGGGAGAUCGUUUAUUCCACCUGCACGCUCUCUCAGAACCAGAACCUGAGUGUGGUGGAACAGGCUGUUCACUUUGCUCAGGAGAAACAUGGCAUCCAGCUUCAGGUCGUCAGUUUGAAGCCUCUCGUGCAGAAGUUUAGAAACACCUUUCAUUUUGCUCCUGAGCUCCACCUGGGUGAGAUGGUCAUCCCACACCUGGCUGCUAACUUUGGACCCAUCUACCUGUGCAAGCUGAAGAGACUUCCAUAGAGGCUGCUUCGCUGGACUUGGAACAACUCGUCCAUCCUGGGAAGAACUCUGAUGGAGCAUGUGAGAAUGUUUCUGUGCAGCUGCUGCUCAGUGAGACGCUCUGAGGAGAGAGGCUUCAGGACCUCCACCUGUGCUGUGGCAUCAGAUGGAAGCUGGCAGGAGUCUCUUCCAGCUUUGAGGAAACAGUGAUUGAACUCAGUGGAAGCUAGGUUGGGAGAGGUUCGGCUAAAUCACCGAAACAACACGGCUGAACCCGGUCUCGCUUCGCCCUCUUGUGGGAACUUGCUCAGUACUUAAUAAAAUAGUAGAAAAGUGGGUUAGGGUUAGGGUCUUCACCUUUAGUGAUGCUGUUUUAUCACGAUCGCUGGAAUAUUCAUGUCAGUUAUUCUCUGUUUCACAUCCAUCACACCUGCCCAGCGUUUUGUCUUCCCGCUACAUCCGUCACGACUCGUGGUGUUCUCUCCAUUUUCUUUUACACCCACCACGUAGGGUUGGGCAUCGAUUGGAACCGGAAUCAAAACGAGGAAUCGGAAUCAGAAUCGGAAUUGUUCAGAAUCAAACGAUGCCCAUCCCUACCACCAUGUCCUGAACACGGUGAAAUAAGCUUUGGAUCGUGUGUGAGCAGCUUGUGUACUCAUGGAGACUGUCACUGUUUCUCUCUGGACUUGAUGAGGGAUUACAUUUGCCUCAUUAAACACACGAGUUCAAUGUUUUUAUUAA